AUGAACCUUGGAAUCCGUGUAAUCAAUGUACUUCUAUUUCCUUGCUUUUCCAUGGCGCUAAAUGGAAUCAAUAGCCCCAUUAUCCUGAUUAACUUUGCUUGUUUCAAUAAUGAGUUUGCAGGUGUACCUACAAUAACAUGCGUACGGAGUUUGACGCAUCAGUUUACCGCUUCUAUAUUAUCAUGUGAAAGCACCGUUAAACUGUUGAAUAAUUUAGCUUUCCAAAUAAAUGCUCCAAUGUUUUUUUCUUUACAAAAGUGCGGAAUGAUGGAAGAUAUUACUAACCUAAUUAAAUCAUUCAGCUUCCCUUACAACAGAAAUCAACAGAGUAGUCCACAUCCAUUUCAUUUUGCUAAGAAUGAUGGAAAAUUCCCAAUUUUCACACAUUUUUUGACUAGUUCCAAUACAAUUUAA